CACUCAUAUUGGCAUCAGGGGUAUGCCAAUCGGCUGAACUCCGAACCAAUCAUAUCUUAGUAUUUUACCAACGGCAUAGCGUCUUUUCCUAGGAGUCACUAGAAUAACUACCUUAAACAAGUUGUCUUACCAACAGCAUAUCGACUACUCUCUUGGCUAUGGAUACCAUGGCGAAGUCGCUUACAGAACUCUGGGCGCUUCCUCCAGGCUUUAUAGAUAUAGCUCCAUCAAUGCCUGUUGUUUCACUCUGGGACAUGUCAAUUGUGGCUCGUUAUUUCGAGCAAAAAAGUCUUUGCCUUCAGUAACCAUUGAGAGAACAUCUCCCUUCGAACAUGUCUAUCAUCCAUUUCAAUAGCGAAAUAAUCAAAGCCAAUUUGAGCGAUGAGACGCAUGUCAUUCAACGUAGCUGGGCCACAAUGGCAGACGGUUGUUUGAGGCCAAAUACAGAGUUCACCAUCCCAAUCAUGUGUCAGCUUCUACACCCUGCCACCCAUAAAGCCUCACCAGUAGCCUCCGGGGGCGUUGAGUACGACACUUUUGAAACAUGCUGCCCGAAUACCAAUUAUCCCGCGCAAAGGAACCAUUGGGCUCUUGUCAACAGAUGCAGGUUACAGGUCUGUUUCACGGAUAAUGAGACACUAGCUAUGGAGUUCGACGAGUGUGUCUAUAAAACUUCCACGGCCAAGCUUAACGUAACCAAGCUAGCAGACUCAUAUCGUGGAAGAUGUGAAUGGAUCGAUUUCGACAGUUUGAAGAAGGGUGUCCGCGACGUUGAAGAGAUUGAUAAUUCUGCCCCAGCACCACCGAGGCUUCUAUCAUGGGUAUUAUUAAUAGUCGCUCUGACGUCAUUCGUUUUGGGGCCUUCAAUAAGUUGAGAAAGGGUAGCGCUUGAAAUACUUCUAGCCUGUAUAUAUUAGGAACAAAUACACUAGUAGCAUAUAGUCGUCGCGGGCUUCAAAUGAGAGAUUUGGCCAAGGUGCUCUUGCCAGACCCUGGUUUUCCACUGAUCCAAUACGUA